AGAUGGAAGCAGAUUGUAGAUGAAUAUAUUAAAUCACCCCACGCCGAAAGUAUGCGGAAACGGAAUUGUCUUGUGUUUCGAAUGGUUGAGGCAGAAGAGGAAUAUGUUGAACAGUUGGAAAUUCUUAUUUCCUGUUUUCUGAGACCAUUUAAGAUGGCGGCUAGCUCGAAAAGUCCUCCCUGCUCGCACGAGGACAUCAACUCUAUAUUCUUGAACUCCGAGACUGUGCUGUUCCUGCACCAGAUCUUCCUGAAGGGGUUGACCGCCAGGAUGGAUUCAUGGCCGACCUUGGUUCUGGGCGAUCUGUUUGAUAUGUUACUCCCUAUGCUCUCUAUAUACCAGGAGUAUGUGAGAAACCACCACUAUAGUCUCCAGGUUUUGACGGAAUGUAAACAAAGCGGCCAGUUUGGAACCUUGCUCCAGAGAUUGGAGAAGAAACCUGCUUGCAAGGGAAGAUCAUUAGAAACCUUCCUAACCUAUCCAAUGCAUCAGAUUCCUCGCUACAUCGUUACUCUUCAUGAACUCCUAGCACAUACACCUCCUGAUCAUGUAGAGAAGAAAUCAUUAGAACACGCCAGAGACCAGCUGGAAGACCUGUCUCGGCAGAUGCAUGACGAAGUCUCUGAAACAGAAAAUAUCAGGAAAAAUCUGGCGAUAGAGCGGAUGAUUGUUGAAGGAUGUGAUAUCCUGUUGGAUGUUAACCAGGUGUUUGUGAGACAAGGAACUUUGAUACAGAAUAGUACAUUUUUGACAGGAUUAGCGUACAUUAGUACUGUAUACUCUAUAAUCUCUAUGUUUAGAACCCAGGCUGGCAGAUUGCACCUGGUGGACAGCGUCGGGAAGAUCUCACUGGCCGACGUUUCUCUGGUGGAGGACCCGAGCGAGGAGGAAAGGAAUGAUGAUGAAUCCUCGCUCUGCUCCAGUGUUAGUUCAACCAGCUCACUCAGUGACGUCAGCUCUGUAAGCAACAGUAAACUUGAUUACCAAAGUUUGGACUUUAAGCUGAUUAUCGACUGUGUGAAGAGUGGUGAUCAGCUGGUUCUACAUUUGGUAGCUCCAACUAAACAGGAGAAAGCAGCCUGGGUCACAGAUAUUACUCAGUGUAUGGAUAAUGUUCAUUUUGACUGUUUGUUCAACAAUACAACUCCUAAUGCAUCAUCAUCAUCCGUUCCACAGUUUGUGAAGAGCGACCCUACCCUGUUCAAGGAUGAUGUGGAUAUAAGGUUCAGUAGAACUCUUAAUACUUGCAAGCAAGUUCCCCAGAUUAGAUACGCGACUCCGGAGCGUUUACUACAGCGUUUAACUGAUCUCAGGUUCCUAUCUAUAGAUUUUUAUAUAUAUUUAUAA